CAGGAAAUAAAUUAAAAAGAAAAAAACAAUAGCAACAGCCAGUUGGAAUUAAAAAACCAAUUGCAUUUUGAAAAAUAAAAAUAUGAAGUGCAAAAUCGAAAUUCGAAUCGCAAAUCGCUCCCCAAUCGACAAUUAGCGAACAAUGAUGCCAAUCAUUGUACUAAAACUGUUUUUGGAUUGGAUUUGGUAUGUGUGGCGCGUCACUGACUGAAUGUCAUUCGAUUUAUAAAUACAGUUCAGCUCCAGAAAUAGGUAGCUACAGGUUUUCCAGGCGUAUAGCCGAAAAUAAAGUCGCCUGGAUUCUGUUAACAAUUAUAUUAUUGUCUCCGAGUGAGUGCUGCGUUCGAUAGUGAGUGACGCUUUCGCCUAUUUUCUUUUUUAAUUUUAUUGUGAGCUAUGGAUGAUGAUGAUAUGCAACAAUUUUCCUUGCGCUGGCAUAACCACCAGAACAGCAUAAUCGUGGCCCUACACCGCAUGUUGGGCACAGGGGCGCUGACUGACGUCACGCUGAGCGCCGGCGGAACCACGCUGAAGGCGCACAGGAUAGUGCUCGCUUCGUGUAGCCAGUACUUCGCUCAGUUGUUCAAGGACCUAGAAACUGAAAACAACACCCUUGUUGUGGUCCUCGGCUGCGAAGCCGCUGAACUGCGCCUACUCCUGACCUUCAUGUACACUGGUGAGGUGACGGCCUCCAAGCAUAUCCUGCCUUCCUUGUUGAGAUUGGCGCAGAGUCUGAAGGUGUCCGGCCUCACUGACGCUGACACGAACUCCACAGUUAUACCCACAGAACCAGAACCAAACCUAGACGAUGCAUCCCCGAUCAAUCUGGAGCACAAAGCCGACGCCAUCUUGGAAAACUCUGACAGCAACUCGAAGCAGGACGACGAGAGAGAACCGGACUUCAUGCGAGAAAGGGACAGACUGAGCAAACUAGACCAGAUUGUCCAGAAUUUGUAUAGUACACACAAAAUUGGGAACCCCAUAACUACACCGAUUACUGCUCCUGUAUCGAAUUUUGAACCGACAGACUACGACAGAAAAUGGCGUCUGAACUCAGUGUGCACGAUAUGCAACAAGCGCCUGAGCAACCAAUACAACCUGCGCGUGCACAUGGAGACGCACGCGGGCCGGCGUCACGCGUGCCGCGCGUGCAGCCACGUGUCGCGCUCGCGGGACGCGCUGCGCAAGCACGUCGCCUACCGCCACCACCGCGCGGACAACUGAUUUCAUCUAAACCACGUUAAAGUUCACCGUUAACUUUAACAUACGCAGAAAAACGCAAAGUCAGCGGCGCGCCGGAUAAAAUCAAAGUUAAAUUUUGACGUUCAAUUAGAAAAAUUUAACGUAGUGUACCUAACAAGCCCUAAAGAUCAUAUCAGAUCAUAGUAGCUACACAUUCACCGCGCCGCUCCCACCGCCCAAAUUGAACUUUAAAACAUCACAGACAAGAGGCAACAACGAGCAAUCUACUAAUUUGUUGUUAAAGUAAAAUAUAUCUACGUAAGAUACCUUAAAUCUCACUUUUCAAUGAACGUCAGAUUGCCGGGUGGAAGCGGUGCAGGAGUGUAAUGUCAGUCAGAUUAAUAUAGGACAUAGGUACCUUAUAUAUUUGAAGGUUAGUUAAACAUAUAUAAAUGAAAUUAAAUAACUAUAUCAAUAUUAUUACUAUUUAAAAGGUAAAGACUCGAAAGACGAACAAACAAUAUCAUAAUGUAAUUUAUUAUAGUCUUGUAAAUAAAUUCACACAACGGCCAUAGUCAUACUAACGGAUAACAAUUUUAUAGUAUAUACCUUUUAGAAUUAUACAAAAUACAAGACGAAGAUUGUCGAGUCAUCAGAUGACGAACAAAUCUCCAAUUGUAAGAUAGUUUUACAAUCCUGUUUUCCUGAUUAUGUCGAGAAACCAAUGUUUAAACAACCCACCGAAAGAAAUUAUAUUAUACCCUUUAGCUUUGAAAAAAUAAGUAUUGGUUGCUUAUAUAGAAAAAAAGCCUAAACUUGUACCAUGGAUUUAGUAAGUCCUUCGUACCGGAGUACCUACUAAUUCCAUGACUCAUACACAUUUUCAAUAUCUGACGUAUUAUUGAUAUCAUUAUAAUAACUAAUUGAAUAUGAGACAACCAGUCGUGCUACGCCUAUGGUUGCGAGAAGGUAAUAUUGUCAAAAAAGCUAAUAUGAACAUUAAAGUACAUUUUACGUACUAUUUUACCAUUUACUUAUUUAUUUUAUUUAGUAUUUUACUAUUUAUUAUAUAGUAUUUUACGUACGAUAGAUAGAGACACUGUUCAUUUUCUAAUAUAUCUAUUUAGUCAAUGGCGAAAAAUGCUCUUGCAUAGAUAGGAAUGUGUUUGUAUAUCCCCCUUGUAAAUAAUAAAUUAUGUUUACAUUUAUUGUUAUUUAUAACCCAUUUGUAAAGACAAUAACGUAGGAAUGUUUUAGCUGUCCAGUUUAUUUUUUAAUAUAUUUUGAGUUAAAAUAAUAAUAAUUUACUAUUUAUAAUAAUUUUGUUUGUAUUGUAUACUUUAUUCUGUGAUAUUCGUUGAGGAUGUUUCAUCGACUAAUUAAACCUUAUACCUCGAUUGUAUAGGGUGUUAACAUAUUAUCAUUUAUGCAAAGUUUCAAGUUAUGUGUAACGAUAAUUACCGCAGAAUUUUCAAAUCAAGUCUUUGAAACAUCUUUUUGUUUUGUUUAACUUGUUCUAGUCAUUAUCUAAAGAUUGAAUUUUGACUACGUUAAUAAAUGCAUGUAUAUUGCUAUAUAGUCGUGUCUAUAAAAUAUAGAAAAUAAUUGAGGGCGCUGUGUACUCUUAGCUGGCAACACUUGGUGAUUAUCAACUAAUCCAGACCAUUUGGUGUUGCAUUGGCAAAAGUCCGUUUCCUAUUCUACAUAUACACUGUAUUUGUGUGGAUACGGCGUAACGAUAACACUAAAAACAAACACAAUUUCUGCAUACUCGCUGCCUGUUAAAGUCACUAGUGCGUAUGCGACUUCGGGCACUAGAUGGCGGUAAUAAUCGCAAAAAGCCGUGGCAGGAGUGUUUAUGCGACUUGAAAGUCAAAUUAAUUAUUUAUCCAAUUAUUAACGUAAAAAAAUGAAAUGUAUAAGUUAAAUGUUUAUAGUGUAAAUCAACAAAAGACAUUAGGAAAGACAAUUAUGAUAGUAAAUGUUUUACAUUAUUAACUUUCGUAUUAUUUUCAAGAAAUUCCCCUUGAGAACUCGGAUAAUUACUAAGGAGAAUAAUUAAAAUACCAAACAUUUUAUACAAGUGUAUACAUUUUUAUUUAAUCUUACAUACAUUUUAGUAGUAGAAACCACGUAAAAAAAAACAAUAAAUAAUAUAUAAGAAAUUAGUACAAAAAUACUGUAGAAAAUUACACACCGCCUUUCAAAAAUGUACCUGCGCGCGCAGUAUUAGAUUAUUCUUAUUUUUUUAUAGAAUCUCUGUCCAAAUGCAAUCGACAGAAAAGAAUAUGCGCACAAAACAUUGUAAUGGUGCGCAGCCGCAAGCAAAUCAUUGCUAUCUCUUUCGCUCACUAUGAAACGUCUUUUCACGUGCGAUCGUUAGGCGCUCUGAACAUUGUACAUUUCUGAACUGCCAGUUAAAUGUCAAAUGCGUGCACACGUUAGUUAAUCGACACGAUCUUUUAGAUCUCAAUUUCAUCAAAAAUCACAAUUUUUGCCAGCAAAUUUCAAAAGGGACUGACGACAGUAAUCGAUAUUUAAAAUUGUUCAUAUUUUGUUAUUUAUCACAAGAUUUUAUUUUUUAGAUAUAACGCUCUAAAAUUGACCCAAACCAAUAUAGAUUUAUGUACAUUUUAUCAGAAAAAUUAAUAUUUAAAAAAAAUCAUUGUAUUCACACCUUUUUCUUCAUAUAUAAAUGUAUUUAAACAAACAAAAAUACUGAGAAAACAAUUUAAAUCAAAUAGAACUUUACUCCGUUAAACAUAGAGAUCAAAACGAAGUCAUCAGUCCCAAAAAAAACUCGUAGUGUUAGUACCAAUUAGGUCCUUUAGCUGAGCAUUCAAUAUUACAACUAAAAUACAAGCGAUAUAAAUAUGUUAGCAUUUCAUUUGCUUAUAAACAAAUUAUAAUAUUUUUCAAAUAAUCGCCUUAGUGAUAUAGUUGGAAAAAAUAUAGGAAUAUUAGGAACUUCUUUUAUAAAUAUAUUACGUUCACUCGAUGUAUUGAUAUCCAAUUUUUGUAUCCGAUUAUAGAUAAUAUAUACCAUUACAGUUAUAUAUAAAAGUAUAAAUAUAUUGAGUUUAAAAAUAAUUUUGUAGAUAAUGGACAUUAAAAAAUAUCAGUUCAUAGAAUUAUACUUUUAUCCAACUAUACAAAAACUAUUUAUAGCAGACGAUACAUCCAUAUAAAUAAAUGCAUGUAAUCUCAAUAUGUAUAAAAUACAGGAUAUAUAAUUUGCCACGAAUAUAUAUAUAUAUAUAUAUAUAUAUA